AAAGGACUCCGGAAAGAUGCCUAUAUAUUGAAGAGAAACAUAAUCAAUUAGGAUGCAUUCUAUGAAGUCGUCUCUUUAUUUUCUUAGUUGGUUAGAUUAACUCUCGAAACUCACUCCCUUCUUCCUUUUCUGUUUCUUCUUCUCUUGGAAGAUUUGGUUACUAAUUUGGAGUAAAUGUGUUUUAAGAUAGAACUCUUAUAUUAAUGUACACGAUUUCAAUUCUCCUUAUCAAUACAAUUCCCCUUCAUUACAUUAGUGCUUUCAUCGUCCCUCGGAGAAGAUCUACACUUCCAUCAAAACCGUACAUGAUUUAGUGAUAGAGUUACAAGAAAGUAACUCCCGUAUGCUCUCUAAUUUUAGCCACAUGGGGUCAGUGCUGCAAGAGUUGCAAUUGGACCCAACAAUUUUGGCAGAGACAACAACGGAGGAGGCCACUGUGGAUGAUGAACCAGACAAUGUUGCGUUGGUUGGUGUCAAUGAGAGUGACUUUGAUUUAGUCUACAAAACCUCAAAAGCUCUUGAUCCACAAUCUCUUGUUAUUAAAGGUGGGGAUACAUUUCCAGAACUAGAGGGUUUCAAAGUUCUACCUAUUGCUACUGUUUUCACAUACUCUAAGGUAGAAUUUAUUCAGGCUGCCGUACUUGGUUUCAAGAACCUAAUUUGGGUAUUGUUUCCUUCAACGGUCCGAUGGAAUUUUGUUUACAUUUUGAGCGACCUAGAGUUGCUUACAACCUGUUCGAUCAAAUGCCUAAAUCUAAUAGACUGUAUAGGUACUGGAUGAUGCCUAAAGUUGUGACUGCGCAACAUACGUUACUUCAUUUUCCAUUUGAUCCUAGUUCAGCAAAUGGACUUUAUAUCUGAAAGUGUAGCACUGGUGUUUGAUAAUAGUCUUCUAUGGAAUUUUCGCUAUAGUAUGUUUGUUGAGAUGUUGGCAAUUGGGAUGGGAGAUCGAGCAGGGGCUUUUGCAGACCAAGUGUUUGAUGGAAAUUUUCAAAAAAACAACCAUGAGUGUAUUUUCCUGUUUGCAAACAAGGAGUCGAUUUUAAUUUCUCUUAGUUACCACGAUUGUCGAAUAUCUACUGAGACAGAGGGAUUGAGUAGAAAUGCAGCUUUCCUUCAAAGCAUCUUAAACCUUCAAUAUGGACAUCAAUUUUCCAUGUACCAUUGUCGUUGUCUUGAUACUGGACAAACACCAUCUCUAGUGACACUGUCUGGAGCUGUUCAAAGUUGGCUCAAAUGUCUUGAUAAUGAACCAGCAACUGUAGGGGUCUUUGUUGCUGCACUUGCAUCAGCUGUAGAAGCUACACAGUCAAACCUUAUGGACCAGAUGCUUGACGAAAUGCCUCCUUACUGCUCUAAGUUGUUCGAUCUUGGGCCAUCAGCUGCAACUGUCAUUCUCGCGGCAAUGGGGAUUCCUGAAACAACAUAAACUAUUGUACCAGUGGCUAGAGGUGGAGUUAAUUUUGCUUUGGGGACUAAGACAGUGCCUACUGCUCCUGUUUCUUACCAAGAUCAUAAUGCAAAUAAUGAGGAAAAUUCCACAACGAUACAUAAUGUGUAUAAUAUCGACAAGAACUUUGCUUUUAAGAUUGGCAUGAAAUUGUUGGAGUAACAAUUGGCUUCAGAAGCUAUAUGACUUGAGGGCGAAGUGGUGUCCCGCAUUCAGUCGUUCUUUUUCCUCUGCGGGUAUCAGAUCAACUCAAAGAAGUGAGAGCACGAAUAGGGUCUUUACAGAAAUGGCAUGACAAUGAGUAUAACUGAAUUUGUAAAGCACUACGAGCAACGGGAAACUGAAAUGUGUGAUAUUGAGGCAACUGAGGAUUACAAGUGUCGAAGAAAACCUAAACUUUCCAUAGAAGAUUGUGGGAUCUUAAAGCAUACUGCUAGUGUUUACACCAGAAGAAUUUUUUCCUGGUUUCAACAUGAAUUUUUGCAAUGGACAACCAAAAAAGUAGUCAAUAUUGAGAGUAAUGGGCCUAGUAGUAAGUUUACAAUUUUAAAGGGUGAAAGUGGGAAAACUGAAAUCGUUCAGUUCAAUUCUCUUGACAAAUCAAUUAUUUGUAGUUGCCAGAUGUUGAAUCCAUG